AUGGGGGGCUUAUACUACAAGGGGCUGUCGCUUCCAGCAGUUUGCCUGAGCCCGGAGGCCGGUUCUCCCGCUCUGGUGCCCAGAACAGCAAGCGUGGAAACUAGGUCUGCGUUACACACUGUCCGAGCGAGCAGUGACCAAAACAUACUGAACGGCGAUGACGAUGAUGAGCCUGUCCUUAUGGAGGUUAGGCAAAUCAAGUCGCAGGCCGCGGAGAACAUGCUUGAUCGCCUUCAGAAUACGGUAGCGGCAAACGUCAGCUUUGUCUCUCACGGCUUCACUGCCAUUGGUGAUAAGGUGAAGGAACUUAACGACACCCUUGGUGAGCUUCAGGCGCUGGGAAUCCAACAUGUUACCAGUCUUCCAGAGCUGGUUUUGGUUGGAGACCAGUCGGCUGGGAAAUCCAGUCUAAUGUCUAGUUUUUCCGGCAUCUAUCUGCCACGCAGUGAGGGAGCUUGUACCAGGUGCCCGGUCCACAUUCGGCUUUCUGGCUCACAUGGCGGGUCUUGGUCGUGCCGAAUAUCGCUACAACAGGACUACGAAUAUCGCCCGCCUGCUAACGUCACACGUGCCAGCCCGUUUGGGCCGUGGUUUGAGCAGCGCAGAGACAUCAAAGAGUUUGCCACGUUGGGUGAUCCAACUCGGAUUGAAGAAACUCUUCGAUGGGCCCAGAGAGCUACCUUGAAUCCUAGCAGAGACCACAGUCUGUACAAACCUGGGAUUGGCGAGAUUUGGAAACGCUGCCAGGGACUUGAUCUCGAGUCAAUUCAAAACGAAGCUGCCUUUAGUCCCAACACAGUUGCACUCGAUAUUUUGGCUCCUGGUCUGGCAGAUCUGAGCUUCUAUGAUCUUCCAGGGGUAUUUACAAGUGCGAAACAAGACGAAGAUCAGUACUUGGUAAAAGUCGUGGAAAACUUGACGGCAAAAUACAUUUCUCACCAACAAGCAAUCAUUCUUUGGGCGGUUCCAAUGAACGCCGACCCGGAAACGUCUUCCACCUUUUCUAUUAUACGAGCACAGAAUGCCCAAUCCCGGACAAUUGGUAUCAUGACAAAAGCCGACCUACUUCCUCCCGGUCCAAGUGCGCCGUCACAGUGGACGUCAAUGCUCCGUGGCGAGCAGCAUCGCAUUGGGCAUGGAUAUUUCAUGACCGCGCGCCCGGUAGUCACGCAAAAUCUAAUUCCUGACGAUAUGGUACCACAACGAGACCCUUCCCGACCUGCUGACGAUCUAGAACGCCAGGGUGCGUACGAAGAGGCUUUUUUCAACAAGCAGCUCCCUGGGCUGGCGAAUCAAGAGUGGCGCGAAUGCUUCAAGGAGUUUGAGGACAGAUGUGGCGUCAGCCGCCUCGUCGCUUUCAUGUCUCAGCAACUCGGUGCCGAAUUUGCAAAGUGGUGGGUUUAUGAACAACAUAGGCUGCGUCCUGCCAUAUUCCGGCUACUACCAAGAAGAUGUACCUUGUACAAGCUUGUUUCUGACUGUUUGCCUAUUAGUUUACCUCAGAUCAAGGAAAAGGUGACUUCAAAGCUACUGGAUGUAAACCGCGAACUGGCCAAGCUCCCCGAUAUACCAGAAAAUCCAGAGCUGGAGGUGCGCCGCAGUCUUGCAGAUUUUGCCAGCCGCAUAAAAACAACUUUGGAAGGUGCAUCAUUGUCGCCGUUGUGGGGGGACGUCGUCCAGCAAUUUCGACAUGAGAUAUUAGAUCUCAAACCGCGAUACAUCGUCAAGACCGAAAUCUCGCCACUAAAUAGACUCGAUACAAACGGCCGGAUCGACUUAACACAUGUCGACGACUCAAUAAGCUCAACACUAUCUCCAAGACUGUCGCACGACACAAGACGCCGUCGGUUAGAUGAAUACCUAGAGGGUCCGGAUCCUCAUGGUCCCAGCACACCAAGUAAACGACAACGGGGAGAGGGCCCGGUGAAAGCAGAGAUACCGUCAGAAUGCAGCUCUACUUCCAAACUCCGCGCUAAAUCCAGAUCGCUUCAGGAGGUGCGAGCGGUGAUCGCUUCUAGGAGCAAGCCAGGGAUGCCAGGAAUUGUCACCGAAGAUGUGUACAACUCGCUUUGCAUGGAAGCUGUGAGACCAUGGAGGGGCCCUCUUCAACAGCUUUUGGAUAGGACGUAUCGCCUUCUGGACAAUACGCUCCAUCAACUACUAUGCGAGGCUUUCAGUAACUUGCGGGAACGGCUUGUCUUCAAGAAGGCAGCUUCAAUUUUGAAGAAGUAUAUUGUUGACCAAUUUCAUUCCGUGAAGGACGUGUUGUUGAAAAACUAUGCGCUCGAGACCCGAAAAUUUUACACGUUAGACAAAGAUAGCCUCGCUAGACACGAGCACGCCGAGGCCAAAAUUUUGGCACGACACCGACACUACUAUCGGAUGGUUGCGUACCUUGGAGACAAAGCAUCUGACCGAUCACCACCUCGGCCAUGGGAGCUGAUGGCGGAAGAAGAACGAGCUCGUGAAGACGUCCGCAUGAAUCAAGAAGCUACAAAACUCGGCCCAGACCCGUUCAAGGCAGAGCUGAGUCCUCCCAAUCCUUUUGCGAUCUUAUGGAGGAAGACAAAACGACAAGCGAUAGACGAAACGGACUGA